AUGGCCCCCAUCGCGACGCAUGACUCCGAAGAAGACCCAAUGGACGACUUUGCAUUAUCUUUGAGGAAUGCUGAGCGCUGGGCCGAAUCCAAGGUACCGAUUGGCCCCGAGGGCACGUUCUACCUAUUCGCCGAGAUGGCCCCCGAGAUUCGCGAAAAGGUCUGGCUUGCAUGCAUCCCCAGCCGGAUCCAUCUCGCCUGCGAAACCGUCCGAGGAAACAUUAAUGAAAGGGUGCACGGCGACCAUCGCACACUCUCAAGCACCGAGGCGCACGAAUAUGGACUCUACUCUAUGCACGGCCGCCACUGCAGGACUGUCUACCCUAGGACCUUGGGAAAGAAGAGUCAUUUUAUUUCCAGAGUAAACAAGGAGGUUUACGACAUUGCCAACAGAAAGGAGUACGGAUCUGUGUGCUCCAACCUUGCCUUUGUGUAUGUCUGUGCGGGCAUGACGUCGGGACGAAUCGUGGAGUCGCCGGUCUGGGUAAACAAGGACACCGACACCGUGCUGAUCAAUACACAGUACAUCAAUCCGGCCAGAUGGCCGGCUAAUGCAGUCUUCCGGACUAUAGACGGCAUUCUAGAGCUCAAGGAGGAUCGUUUAUUCGCCAUGGCCACCAAAAACAAGAUCAAGGUGGCCAUCUUCGCAACUAUCCUCACUGACUUGAGGGCAUCGCCCACCCUCUACCAUGAUCUCGCCAGGGCCAACCGAGUUGAAUUGGUGGUGGGGGCAGUCAGCUUCGAGGAGAUAACAGACAAGGAGGCAGCCGCCACCGGGCUCUUCGGGCUGUUUGGCGAAGAGUCAAUGUGUCUGCUCCCGGCCGACACAGUGUCUCUCCAAAAGCUGUUCAGGGCCAAGAUGGCACUGCGUCAUCGCCGUGUCGCAGAGUUCCUAGAAGGUUCUGAGCAGUGGUACGCUCAGGGUGAGUGGCCUCAGUCGUGCGAGAUCUGGGCUGCUGGCCGUCGCCUGCCUGAUUAGUGGGGCACGCACGACAGGGACACGCGGAUAUUAUGGGCUUCUGGCCGUCGCAUGCCUGAUGACCUGGACGGGUACUGCAGGAGAAUGCGGCGAUUCGCGACCUUUUUCACGGACAUCUGUGAAAAGGCCCUCAUGGCGCGGCCAUUUAACGACGUGAGGACCCAGCGUGAGUGGGGGCAGACGGUGGCAGCAACCUUUCGGGACAAGUUUGAGCCGGUCUACCUUGUCCAUCGUUGCUCUAGACCCGUCAUGCUUGAUUGCUCCAACUUUUCUUUCUGAUUUUGGAGGCAUUGUUAGUUGGUCAGAAGCGACGAGACAGCGAGUGGUUGAGGGUUCUUAGAGGAAGAGGGUCAUGGCAUGACGAGACAGCCAUUGUUAGCGAUUUGCGGACGGAGAGCCACCAGCGGGGGGAAGAUGUCAUUAAUCACUAGAGGACGUUCUGGUAGAUAUAAUUCUUCAUCGACACAGAAUCGAGCUCACAGCUGCAGUGGGAUCGGGUCUCACGGACAGGGCGGCCCCGCCCUCGCCUUGGCCUUGUCGUGGGCUAUCUUUGGCCACAGUGCAGAUGCAGAGCUGCAGAGCAACCUGCGUGAUGCAAGCUGGCAGCCAGCACAACAUGGGAAAUAAGAUAUGUGUGUUUGUUUGUUUGUCGUCGAGCUGAAAGUUUAGCCACGGGACGGCAAGGCAGCCACGUUCCUAGGAUGAUCCUCCUUCGACGAGAGCUUAGCCCGCCUUGGUUGGGCCAGCCUAGCGGGUCGUAGCCCCAUAGCUCCACUGCAGGCAGUUGCACAGGGUCCCAGACUCCCAGGCUGGUGGGGUCCUAGUGGGCCGUCGAAAUCCUCCGCCAAACUUAAUCUGGGCUGGGAGCCAGGGCGGUCGAGGGAGAAAAGCUUCGAUUGGGGCCGAGGCGGUAAAUGGAACAGUCGAACCGAGAUGCUGGGUCAGUCGAGGCUUCGAGGGGGCGGUGUCGGGCACAGAAG